AUGGCCAUUAUUGCCGUAAAACGUUGUCACUCGGGAGUGGCCACUGAAGAUGAAACAAAAUAUAUGAAAACAUUAGCCGAUCGGCAACAAUACAUAUCGUCUUAUUUCACAAAAUUUCAUAUAUUGCACACAAUUGUACUAAUUUGUGGUUCAAUUAUAAUAAUCUACGGUUUUAUAGAUUUAGUUUCAACCGAUGAUGAAGAUAUCAAAUAUGCUUUUCAUUUCAUUUCCGUGUUUGUGAUUUUCAUAGUAUCAGUGCUGAGCCUAUACGCAGCGUUCACGGCCUACGAAAAGCCGUGCACAUCGACACCGGACAGUACGUGUUGUCAGGUAAUAGCGGCGCCCAAACUGUUUGCAGUGUCCGAUCGGCCGCGCGUUACGGCCUUCAGUGAAAGAGACACCUCUAUGAUUGCAGUCAUAGCAUUGGACGGAUUGGCCGCUAUUCUGCUAUUUUUGACGUCUGUCCUCUAUUUUGUCGAUACCCGACGCGACGCCAAACUGUCCGGUUAUUUAGAAAAAGUACAUAACAGUAAUUAUUUAUCACGUGUCUAA